AUGGUUGCAUGUCGAUUUUUGAAUUCAUUCUAUAACCAGGUCUUUGUGGAUACAAUUAUGCUUUAUAAAUCGGAGAGCCAAAUACUAUUUUUGUUAUCCUCAAACACUCCAAAAGAGAUUGAAGCACUUUUUUACAAGAUUGAAGAUUCUUAUGGAUAUAAUUAAAAAAUUUAGCUAUCAAUUCUUCCAUUUUUAAUGAAGUAAGCAAAUAAUAUUUUAAAUUAUAGGUUGAAUCAUCAUAUGUGCUAGAAAUUAUAUAGAAGAUUAUGGUUUAAAAAUAAUUAUUAUUGGUAUUUUGCCAAUAAAUAAAUUUUUUUUACGGGAAUGUUACAUUUAUUAUUUGAUGUCUAUGUAGAAUGA